CAUCUCUGAUAAUCUCCUCGCAUACCAUCAAUUUAUAUUCUAUCUUCCGAUAAUAAUUUACGAUAUCCUACACCCGUUAUUCGUUUCCAAUCGCAUAUCAUGUUGUCACAAGUCGUUCGUCAGAAAAAUGCCUUGUCCCACCUCCGACACUCGACUGGCCGCCGGGCGUUGCCAUCUCUGGCCCCAUUGCGGCUUCAUUCGCAGUCAAACCGACCCCUCGCCUUAGAGCGUUCUCGCCGGCCGUCUCUUCAGUUGAACCGGAACCUCGCCACCACUACGGACCAGACCGCAAUCGACAAUGGAUCGUCCUAUGUCCCUCUCGACGACUCAUACGCAGGAAACGACGAGAAAUCAUCACAAUGGGACCAUCUAUUCUCGCCACGAGCACAGGGCUUCGACAAUUCCUCGUUGAUCAUCAUCGACGAUCUUUUGACGACAAAGCCCAAGUCUCUUCGGAAGGUCAAGGGUAUCGGUGGUGAUGAGGAUGAGAUGAUGGCAAACCUAGAUAUGUCCCUGAAAGUCGGCCGGUUUGACCGAGCCGCCACAUUGAUCAGUCGAAUGGGCAACAACUAUCCGGUUGGGUCACCGGAAUUCCUCGCUCUCCACAACCGUUAUCUCGAGGAAAUGGUCACCAAUAUGAUCGUGACGAGGCAGCACAACAUGGUUUUACCCAUGCAGAGGUGGUUCGAGUUAGAUAUGCCCAACGGAAAGGUUCAACCCGACGCCAAGACCUACGCUAUUAUGAUACGCAUGGCGCUGCGUAUGUUGCACGGCUCGAAACGCGAUAGAUCUGUGCGCAGAUAUUGGGAAUUUGCCAAGAGGGAUAGCGUUGAGGACCAGGUUUUGGCUGUGCCCAUUCUUUCGGAAUUGGAGCUUGGUGAACUUUCAGAGAUUUGCUCCUCCGAUCUCCAACGCAUGUCAAUUGAUAGCAUAGAUCAAUCACAGAAGGAUUUGGAUGCGGAGAUCGAAGAAAUCGCCGAGGUCAUGCCCGUUGCACAAAAAGGUCUUGGUCUCGCUUCAUUGAAACAAUCGCUUUCGUCGUUUGCGAAGACCCCCAAAGACCCUAUCACAGAAGGAGAAGCAGAGAAAGACCCUAUCUUAGAAGGAGAAGCAGAGGAAGACGUGGAGCUAAUCAAACAGAUCAGGCAGCGGCAGAUUGAAGCGGAUUCUAUCCAGUCUGCUCUGGAGCGUUGGCGCCGCGAGUUCAGUGAAAGGCAAAAGGCAGGUAUCGAUACCACCGGUGGCGGGACACGAUUGGGCUCCGUCAUGAACCAAUGGCAUACCGAUCUCGUAGCCAGACUCAGGGAGGAAAUCAGUCUUAUCGACGAGGCGGAGAACAACCCGAUUCGCACUCGUGCCCAGAAAGAGCGAGCCGAGUAUGGUGUCUUCCUGCGGAGCUUGGAUCCCGAUCGCCUAGCCGCCCUUACUAUCCUUGCCGUGAUCUCCGUUUUUAGUCGAGUCGGUAUGGACAGAGGCAUCAAACUUUCAGCAAUUGUCUCAACAAUCGGAAAAGACCUCCAGGAUGAGUUAAUUGCGGAAACCGCCCUGAAGAAAAAUUUAGGGGCAGAUGCCAGACGUAUCAAGGCGCUGAAGCAGAUCCUCUCCGAUCGUAAACGAAAGGAUGGUCGGGGUCGGUGGCAAUAUCUGGUCCAGAGCCUCCUACAAGAGGACCAAACUCUCGUUUGGCCUCCAAGGGUAUCGGUGAAGGUCGGAGCUGUCUUGAUGAGUUUGUUUUUCGAAGUCGGAAAGGCACCUGUUACGGUGGAGGAUCCAGAGACUAAGAAGCGAGUGGUUACUUUGCAACCGGCUUUCCAACACGUGUAUCAGAUCACCUGGGGCAAACGCUCCGGAUUGAUCCAUCUCCACCCUGAGAUUGUGAAGCUCGUCGCUAAAGAACCAGCCGCCGACCUUUUGGGCCGGACAUUGCCCAUGGUGUGCAAACCCAAGCCCUGGCAGGGAGCGAAUGAUGGUGGAUAUUAUGUCUAUCGGAGCAGUCUGGUGCGCUCAACCCCGGGUGAGAAGUUGCAGCCGGCUUAUAUCAAAGCUGUCAUCGAAACCCACGGUAUUGCAGAAGUCCGCGAGGGCUUAGACACUCUUGGAAGCACAGGAUGGGCUAUUAACCGGGAUGUUUUCAAUGUCAUGCUCGAGGCGUGGAACUCCGGUGAAGCUGUCGCCAACAUUGCCCCCUUGGAACCCAAAUUUGGUAUUCCGCCGAAACCAUCCCCGGAAGAUGGCUACCAAGCUGAGAAGGAAUGGAACACCAUCAUGCGUGAAAUCGAGAACAAAAGAUCUGGUUUCCAUUCGAUGCGGUGCUUCCAGAACUUCCAAAUGGAAGUUGCCCGUUCCUACUUGAACGAAACGUUCUAUCUUCCUCAUAACAUGGAUUUCCGUGGACGUGCUUACCCCCUUCCUCCCUAUCUCAACCAGAUGGGCGCCGACAACUGCAGAGGACUUCUCCUCUUCGCAGAUGCAAAGCCACUGGGUGAGACUGGUCUGAGGUGGUUGAAGAUUCAACUUGCAAACUUGUAUGGUUUUGACAAGGCUAGUCUUUCGGAACGUGAGAAAUUCGCCAUGGAUAACCUCGACAACGUCUUUGAUUCUGCGGAUAACGGCUUGCAUGGAAAGCGUUGGUGGCUUGAGGCAGAGGACCCGUGGCAAUGUCUAGCGGCCUGCUGUGAACUGCGAAAUGCCCUUCGCUCUCCUGACCCCACCCAGUAUCCUUCACGCAUCCCGAUCCACCAGGAUGGUUCUUGUAACGGAUUGCAACACUAUGCAGCACUUGGUGGUGACAGCGUUGGCGCCCGACAAGUCAACCUGGAACCUUCUGACCGCCCGUCCGAUGUUUACACCGGUGUCGCCGAAUACGUCAAGGAAGCAGUCGCUCGUGAAGCAGCAGGGGGUGACCCAAUUGCGCAAAUGCUGGAUGGAAGAAUCACCAGAAAGGUUGUCAAGCAAACGGUUAUGACAAACGUGUAUGGUGUGACUUUCAUGGGUGCCAUGAUGCAGGUCCGCAAGCAGCUUGUCGACCACUACCCCGAUCUUAGCCACUUGGAAAAGCGACAGGGUGCGCUUUACAUUGCCCGGAAGAUCUUCGAAGCUUUGGGAGCUAUGUUCCAAGGUGCCCACGAGAUUCAGUACUGGCUUGGUGACUGUGCGACUCGUAUCACGCAGUCCUUGUCUCCCGAACAGAUCGAUGAUAUUGCGAAGAUCGCCCUGUCGCCAGACGAAGCCUCCGAAGAAGCGAAGCCCAAGUCGAAGGAUCCCACCGAGAAGUUCCGAUCGACCGUGAUCUGGACAACCCCGCUGGGCCUUCCUGUCGUCCAACCAUACCGGGUGCGCAAGUCGCGCCGUGUCGAAACCAGUCUGCAGGAUGUCAGCAUCGUCGACAGCAACUCGGAGGAUGUUGUGUCCAAGCGGAAGCAGCUCCAGGCAUUUCCGCCAAACUUCAUCCACUCGCUCGAUGCCACCCACAUGAUUCUCUCCGCCAACGCCUGCCGCCGGGCCGGACUGACCUUCUCGGCCGUGCACGAUUCCUUCUGGACCCACGCGAGCGAUGUCGACUCGAUGAACACGAUCCUCCGCGACUCCUUCGUGCGCAUGCAUUCCGACGACGUUAUCGCCAGACUCCACGCUGAGUUCAACGUCCGCUACAGCAACAACAUCUUCAUGGCCCGGGUAGAAGCUACCAGCAAGAUCGGAAAGGCCGUCAAGACGAUGCGGAAGAAGAGAAACUCCAAGGUCACGGAGCUGCUAGACGAGCACAAGAGACAGAAGCUGCUCAAGUCGGACGAUCCAGAGCAGCAGGCCCGCGGCCGCGAAAUGGUCACUCCCGCCAGCCUGUUCGAGGAAAUGAGCUGCGGCCACGAUGACUUGAGAAUCCUGAGCUCGCUGGGUGAAAACGCCGUCGGCCACGUCCCGGAGGACAUCGAAGCCGCUGAGCGUAAGAUGUCAAACCAAGUGGACACGCAGGAUCCCGCCAUCGCUACCCUCUUCCAAGACAUCGACCCGACAAUGGGCAAUGGUGAGAAGAACGCCGACGACGCGGAGGGCAAGGAAGCCGAAGCCAUCCCAGAAACCGAUGCUUCGUACUUCGGUGAGGCCGUGGAGGGCGAAGUCAAAGAAGAAGUCAAGGAGCAGCCGAAGAAGAAGAAGGCGAAGCCUCCGACUGUGUGGCUCUGGCUUCCGGUGCGGUUCCGCGAUGUUCCUCACAAGGGAUCGUGGGAUAUCACUCGUAUUCGGGACAGCGAGUAUUUCUUCUCUUAAAAAUCUUUCCUUCUUAUUGUUGUUUGGAGCAUUGGUACGGCGUUGGAUGGUUUGCAAAAAAGCCACCGAACAAAAGCAUUUAUUUGAAAUGUGGGCGUUGUUUUUUUCUCGCUUUGUAUAUCUAUACCCUGUUGAUUUAUAAACCCCCUCUCCGUGUUUUCGGAUUCAUAAA